ACAUCGCACCGCACUUGGCAAGUUCGCGAGUCGCAGUAUCGUGUUAUCGCCAGUCGCAUUACGACCGGCGCCGGCAACUCACGUGACCCUCGCUAGUGACUACACUCCGCGCAUAAAUAUGAUUGACGUCGCGCAGAAACCCAACCAUGGUUGUCUGUACGAGAUCAGGCAGAAGGGACAGAGGGAGCCCUGUUACGUGGUCGUGCCUGAUACAAAAGAUCUGGUUAAGAGCCACUUGAUGUUCGCGGUGCGCGAGGAAGUGGAAGUGCUAAAGGAGCGCAUCGCCGAACUGAUGGAGAGGAUCAACCAGCUGGAGGUGGAGAACACAUACCUGCGCGCGCACGCCAGCCAGGACACGCUCGCGCAGCUGCCCGCGGCGGGCAGCAAGCCGGCCGCGCAGGCGCAGGGCCCGCCGCCGCCCGUGUCGUAGGCCUGCAUGAGCCGCACGCUGGACCCGCUCCCGGGACACACUAUGGCUGUGCUAUGUUAAUGCGUAGGUUAACACGGAGUGGCACCGGUCGAGCGCCGAGGGUCGCGCCGAGUGCCCAGUAGCCUGCAACAGUACGCGGUGGCGCACCGGUGCCCACCGGUGGCGCAUCAGUACCGCACCGGUACCGCACCGGUAGCGCAUCGGUAGCGCACCGCAGCGCCGCGACGGCGCCUACUCUACUCUAUCACGCUUCGGAUACGUAGGAUUAUAUAUUUGCCGUGGUUAAUAUUUAGGGUGCAGAAUUUCGUGCUAACUGCCAUGCUUUUGCUACGCGUCUCUGCAACGAGUCUUAAUGUUUCGAUGUACGCAGUUUAUUUCCGUUCGGUUUAAAGUUUAAGUGUCGCUACCCGCGUAAUGUAUUCCAUUUAAGGUAACUCGUAAGAUGUGUGUUUGUACUAAAUGUAACGAAA